AUGAUAAAAGGUUUGAAAUUCUCAAUAAUUCGAGUCUUAAGUUACUGUUGCGACGACGCUUCUAAAGCCUUAGAACAUUUCUCAUUUGAAGUUGUAGCGAAUCGUAUUGAAUGUCAAGAAAGAAUAAAAAAAUCUUUCAAAAUGACGAUGAGAACUUCUCAUGCUUCAAACUAUUCAUUUUGA